GCCCUUUGCUCUUCCCCUCCCCGCCUACCGCGGGGUUCCCCUGCCAUUGGCUGCCGCGGCAGGUUUAGGCUGAAAUCCCUGAAAAGCUGUAAUUAGGACCCCGCUGACACGGAGCCGGCUCUUGGGCAGGCGGAUUAAACACAACGAGAGAGGUUGAGGAGGGGGGAAAACCCAAGCUGUUUCCCUGGCUCAGAUUGGAUGUUUUCCUUUCGCUUUGCACCGUGUUCCCGGCCCAACCUCCUCCAUUCCCGACCGGGACAAGGCAGGGGACGGAGCGACGGAGCGCGGAGCCCAAAGCAAGGAAAAGGGGCAGCUCAUGUCCCUGCCCAGCACCGCAUGGCCCCAGCGCGAUGAGCCCCCUCCCUGCGGCACCACUACCACCACCACCAGCAGCCUCCCGCUGGCCUCAUCUGACAGCGACUCCGGCUGUGCCCUGGAAGAGUAUCCGGAGCCCCCCACGGAGCCUGCGCCCCCCAAGGUCCCACCGUGCUCCGGCGCCCGCGCUCCGCAUCCCUCCUCACCCACUGACAGCCUCCAGCUCCGCACCAGAGCCCUCCUGCAGCAGCUGCCCCCUCAGGACUGCGAUGAGCGGUACUGCCCUGACCUCGCUGAGGAGGAGAGGAGGCAGCUCCGAGCCUUCAGUGCCCGACGGAGACGCGAGGCGCUGGGGCAGGGGCUCGCAUGCCCCGUGCCGGGUCCCUGCCAUGGCUGUCCCUGCAAGAAGUGCGGCCGGAGGCUGAACAAGGGGGACCCAGGGGUCUCAGCAUCGCUCCUCGGGGACCAGUUCUGGCACCCGUCCUGCUUCUCCUGCCACUUCUGCCACCAGCCCCUGGUGGACCUCAUCUACUUCCAGCAGGAUGGGAGGAUCUACUGCGGCCGGCACCACGCUGAGCUCUUUCGGCCCCGCUGUGCCUCCUGCGACCAGCUCAUCUUCAUGGAGGAAUGCAUCGAGGCCGAGGGCCGGCGCUGGCACUUGGAGCACUUCUGCUGCCUGGAGUGUGAUGCGCCCCUGCGCGGGCAGCGCUACGUGAUGCAGAGCGGCCGCCCCUGCUGCCGUGGAUGCUUCGAGAGCCUCUUUGCUGAGCCCUGCCAGGCCUGCGGGGACCCCAUCGGUGCUGACAGCGAGGAGGCCACGCACCAGGGGCUGCGCUGGCACGCCCGGGCCGCCUGCUUCUGCUGCAGCCGCUGCCGCAAGCCCCUGCGGGGGCAGCCCCUCACGGCGCGCCGAGGGCGGCUCUUCUGCUCCGAGGCGUGCAGCCGGCGGCAGGACGGAGCCUCCAGCGCCUCCGACUCCUCCGACUCCGCCUUCGCCUCCGCUCCGUCCCCGGACUCGACGCCCCUGUCCCGAGCCAGCCCCGCGGGCAGGACGGGCGGCAGCGGGGGCUGCAGGGAGCCGGUGGAAGGGGCCGGUUGGGGUUGGGUGGGUAAAACCCUUCUGUGCACCCCGAGGGGCUGGGGCAGGGCAGGCUCAGCCUUCCCCUUCUCACCCACCUUUGCUUUCCUUCUUCCAGAGGCUCCUCCAGACCCGGCCCCCGUGCAUCCUGCGUUUAGGAGCCGGGAGGGCUGCGGAGCUGCGGGUAAGGAGCGGAGCAGCGAUGCUGCGCACACAGGGAUGCUGGGACCAGCAGCCGGACACCCCUCUGCCCCCCAGCCCAGCACAGAGGGUCCCAAUGAGCCCGGAGCCUUGGGACACCCAGUUCUGGGGGGCUCUGAUGCCAGAGCACCCGCAGGCAAUGGAAACGCAUCCUUCCGAGCGGGCACAUCCCCUGCCCAGCACAGCCUGCAGCCGGAGGACAUCGACCCGCAGGACAUCACAGAGGAGGAUGACUCCUGGUGUCCCACCUGCUCUUCAUCUUCAGACACGGACUCAGAGGAAGAGGGAUUCUUCUUCGGGAAGCCCAUUCCCAAGCCCGGGAUGAGCUCCCUGGGCAGGGAGGCCCCGGAGAGGGCCAGGGGCAGGACGGCGAAGCCAUGGGGCAGCAGCAAGCACUGCAGCGUGUCCUAGCAGCAGGGACUGGGGGUGCUGGACCCGCGCUGCUGCCCUGCCAGCCCCUGCCGUGCUCUUCCCCCCGUUCCAAGUGUGUGCUGGAUGCAGCUCAAGGCUCAUGGGAAGCUGCUGGGAUCCUUCCCCCCCCCCCCCCCGCUGGCAAACAACAGCCGCGAUUCCCAGCGGCCUCUCCCGCAAUUAGGAACAGGAAAAGCAGGUAGGGAGCAGGGAGCUGCGGCCUCCCUUCGCAGACACGGUGGCAGCCGCAUGCAGGGGAGGGGACAAAGGCAGAGCUGCCUGCAUCCUCCUGCUGCUGGGGAGCCGUGGGGACAGGCAGGGUCCUGGCUGCAGGGGGGCUCCUUCACUGGGACACGUUGAAGGAUGAGCGCCAUGGCCAAGCAUGCUCCAUCCCUCAUGGCACCAAGGGAGGGCCAAGGGAGCAGCUCUGCUGCUGCCAACGACGAUGCUCCAAUAAAGUUUGGCUGAAAUCUGA